AGCUACGCACGUAAAGCACAUACGCAGCGUUGAAAGAACGUCUCUUGGAUAAGUCACACAGUGGUUCCACGUGCUGGAGAACGUCAAAUCUAGAGAAUCCGCAGGAAGGAUGUGAGUUUUUUCGCUACGCACAAGGAUGACACAUGGCCACGUGGGACUGAAUGCAGGAGACUUUGGUACGACCUGGGGUUGCGUCGGGGUAGCUAGUAAACGGUUUACCUGGGGUGAGGAAGUGGAUAAGAGUAUCCGUGAGGAGAAGAAGAGUCGGAAGGUCGGAAGCAGCGGGUCUCUGGCUCGCUCCCUCAGGAGAAUAAGAAGAAGAAGAAGAGGAGGUGCGGCGGUGAGAGUGAGGAGAGGAGUAAGAACAGAGGAAGAGGAGGAGGAGGAGGAGGAGGAGGAGGAAGAACAAGAGGAGGAGAAAGGAAUAGGAGGAGGAGGAGGAGGAGAGCCGCGUAAAAUUGGUCGUGUAAAUCCGGAGAAGGAAGGAGGCGCUGGCGCCGUGGGUGAUGUGAGGCUGGCGCGCGCCUCACGUUUGGGGUGA